UCAAGAUUCUCAAGCAUCCUCUUCCAGUCCUCUACUUGUUUAUAAAGUUAUGUCCUUUAAGUCUCUCAAAAAAUAAAAAAUAAAAAACAAAAAAUAAUUUAUCCCUGAAGAUCAAAUGCACAUCAAACUUUCUUUCAUUAGGUAUCUUCCUUUUAUGUUCACCAGUCUGUACUUUGCCACUUAAAAGCAUCUUCAUAUUAGAAAAAAACCGUCCUCUAUUUUUUGUACCUAGAAUUCAAUUCUGUCUCUUGAAGCAAGAAAAUAGUUCAGAAACAGCCCUUUGGAUUUAGAUCAGAAGGAGAUGUUCAAAACGGCGUCAAGCGCGUAUCUGCAGAUAGCAAAGCAGGGACACUAAGAAGAAAGGACAGUAAAGGAUUCAUUCGAUUUGUUGGAGGGAUCAAAGUUGUGUUCUUGGAAGGCUUACUUUUUUAGAGGCAGGUUAGACUCCUGGUAAUUAUCAGCCACCGGGAAACCAAGAAACUUCCUUUUCCUGCAACAUGUUUGGUAUACAGUAUUAGAUGGUACUCUACUCGUAGUACAAAAUUCUAACUACUUUUUCUUUUCUGUCUAAUCGACCUUACCUAACGUGCCAACAGCGUUUAAAUUCUUGAAAGUGGAGUAUAAGAUAAAGAUUUGUGAUUAUAUGAGGGGGAUGAAUUCUCUUCUUUCCAUUUCCUUUGUAGUCCGAUUUGCUGUCGAAUUUUGUUGGAGUAGAGAAAACUGCAGCCUAUUUGCGUAAUUCAUCACACUCAAUAUUGGUUUAACAGUUUUAAAAGCUGCAGGUUUUUAUCAAAAAAGACCCUACUUGUUUGGUACUUUUGAUCAUUGAACCAAUUCGAAUCUGAUGAGUUUAUAUCAUGAGCCACGCCGUUUCCUUCUCGACAAACAGCCUGUUUCCAAUACCAGCGCCAGACCGCAUAAUGGAAAAAACGACCAAACACCGCCCCGGGGAGUGGCGAGAAAGGGCCUAAAGAAGAGGACUCUGCGACAGAUUCCGGUGGCUGAGUAUGGAUCAGGACAUGAUAAUGCUGCAGCAUUUACAGAUUGUCCAAUAUGUCUAGGUGAAUUUAUGGAUGGUGAAAAGGUUAGAGUGCUUCCAUAUUGUCACCACUGUUUCCAUGUGAAAUGUAUAGAUAUUUGGUUGGCUUCACAUUCGUCGUGCCCGACGUGCCGCCAGUCAUUGGAGGACCAGCCAACGGAUGCUGAGGCUGAUGGGAGGCAGGGAGGAAAUGCAGCAGGAGAACACGGUGAUUUGCCUAGUUUUGCUGAUGAAGCGUGCUAAUUGCUUAGCAAAAAAUGUCAUAGUGCAAUGAACAACAAUGGUUACUUGUAGUUGAUAUUCUAUAUGUUGUUCAAAAUCUUUUUAUUAUGUAAUGCUCGAAUCAGAUGUGUAAACUGGUUGAUUGUGCAGCAUUUGCAUAGACAAAUCUUGUCCUGAAAUUGAAUCUAUGCCCCUGUUUGGUUUUGUAAAAUAUAAAAUUUUUAGUAAAUUUUUAUAAAAUUUGAUAAAAUAUGGGCU